AUGACUGCUGAAACUAUGGCUCAAGAAGAAACCACCCAGAAAGUCGAGGUUGUUGUUGAAGAAGGUAAAGUUGUUGAUGUUGAAGCAAAGGAAUCAGUGGAGGAAUCAAAACCCUUAAAGACAGUUGAGAAAUGCUCUUCUUACAAAGAAGAAAGCAACUUUCUUUCUGAUCUUAAAGAGUUUGAGAAAAAGGCUUUGAUUGAGUUCAAGUCUAAGGUUGAGGAAGCGAUUUUAGGGAACACCCUUUUUGAGAAAAAGGUAGAUGAGACAAACAAGGUUGAAGCUUUACCAGAAGGUGGUGAAGAGGGUGAGAAAGUUGUGAAGGAAGAAGAGAAUGUUGAGGGGGAGAACGAGAAAGGGGUUGAAGAGGAGGAGGAGAAAGAUUUGUCUUUGUGGGGUGUGUCACUUUUGCCAAGCAAAGGAGAUGAAGGAAUUGAUGUGGUUUUGUUGAAGUUUUUGAGGGCUAGAGAUUUUAAGGUUAGUGAGGCUUUUGAGAUGUUGAAGAAGACACUUGAAUGGAGGAAGGAGAUGAAGAUUGAUUCUAUUUUGGAUGAAGAUUUGGGUUUGGAUUUGGUUGAUGCUGCUUACAUGAAUGGUGUUGAUCGUGAAGGGCACCCUGUGUGUUACAACAUCUAUGGUGUUUUUGCUGGUGAAGAGAUUUAUCAGAAGAGUUUUGGGAGUGAAGAGAAGAGAAGAGAGUUUUUGAGAUGGAGGUGUUAUGUUACUGAGAAAUGGAUUCAGAAGCUGGAUUUGAAACCAGGUGGUGUUUCUUCUUUGCUUCAAAUCAAUGACCUUAAGAAUUGUCCUGGUCCUUCUAAGAAAGAGAUAAGAAUUGCUACAAAUCAAACUAUUUCAAUUUUGCAGGACAAUUACCCUGAAUUGGUGGCCAAAAAUAUUUUCAUCAAUGUUCCAUUCUGGUAUUAUGCACUCAAUGCACUUCUAUCUCCAUUCUUAACUCAAAGAACAAAGAGCAAAUUCGUGGUGUCGCGUCCUGCAAAGGUCACUGAAACACUGAUCAAGUACAUUCCAAUUGAGGAGAUCCCGGUUAACUACGGUGGCUUCAAGAGGGAAAACGAUACCGAGUUCUUCGGCCAAGACGCGACUGUUUCUGAACUAGUACUCAAGGCUGGAUCAACUGUAACCAUAGAGAUUCCUGCAUUAGAAGCUGGAAACACUUUGUGCUGGGACAUAGCUGUUUUGGGCUGGGAGGUAAGUUACAAAGAGGAAUUUGUUCCUAAUGAUGAAGGCUCUUACACUGUGAUUGUUUCGAAAGUGAAGAAGAUAGGUUCGCAAGAAGGAGCUAUUAGGAACACAUUCAAGAACAAUGAAGCUGGGAAGGUUAUUCUCACAGUUAACAACUCGUCGAACAAAAAGAGAAGGGUUAUGUACCGUUACCAGAUCAACAAGAACUCACCCUGA